AUGAGCCAGCAGAAACUCUGCCAGCAGUCCAUGAUUGUAGAUGCUUCACCCCUGUGUUCCAGUGAUCAGGACCUGGGAGCAGAAAAUAGGAAAACCGGCAAGUUUAUGCUGUUUAUCUGCUGCAUGAGCAUCAUGUUUCUGGCCCUGCAGUGUGGCUUUGCCCACGUGCACACUAAGAACGCCGCCUUUCACGGGUCUUCAGGAGUCAUGCCCUCUCUUACAGUUAGUGGUUUUUGGGAGGAUGUCCUCUACCAUUGCGGGAUUGUUAGAUUAAAUGAAGCUGAUCGAUGGAACACUGUGCGCCUCCUGGCCCCGGGUCUUGCCGUCUUCCUCCUGCUGCUCUUCAUUUACCGCUUAUGCAGGAAGCUGCUUCGGCCCCCGGUCCAUGUGGCUGCCCAUGAGAACCGCAUAAUGCCCUCGGACCCUGAUGUAUGCGUGCACCGGCUCACAGAGAAAUGUUCACAAACAGUCCAAGAGAAACUGAAGUCCAGUCUGAAGAAGAGGUUUGAGUCCAUAUUUGAAGGGGUUGCGACAUCAGGAAAACACAGCCUCCUCAACAAUAUUUACACAGAGCUCUAUAUCAUAGACGGUGACAGUGAGAGGGUCAAUAAUGAACAUGAAGUGUGGCAGAUUGAGACAGUAUCCAGGAAACGGACCACACAAGACACUGCAAUCAACUACAAUGACAUCUUUAAGCUCUUACCUGGACAAGACAAAGCCAUCAGAACUGUGCUGACGAAGGGGAUCGCUGGCAUUGGAAAAACAGUCUCUGUGCAGAAGUUCAUUCUCGACUGGGCAGAAGGAAAGGCCAAUCAGGAUAUUCAUUUCGUAUUUGUUCUUCCUUUUCGGGAGCUGAACUUGAUUAAUGAUGAAUACAGUCUGCUUGAGCUUCUGCAUGUCUUCCACCCUGAAACAAGAGGGAUUGAAAACAUCAAGUCUGAUGUUGACAAGGUUUUGUUCAUCUUUGAUGGUCUGGAUGAAAGCAAACUUCCCUUAAAUUUCCAACACAGCGAGAUACUGUCUGAUGUAACAGAGACAUCCUCAGUGGAUGUGCUGCUGACAAACCUCAUUAAGGGGAAUCUGCUUCCCUCUACUCUCCUCUGGAUCACCUCCCGACCAGCAGCAGCCAAUCAGAUCUCUCCUGAAUACGUCCACCGAGUGACAGAAAUACAAGGGUUCAAUGACUCACAGAAGGUGGAGUACUUCAGGAAGAGAUUCAGUGAUGAGAACCAGGCCAGCAGAAUUAUAACUCACAUACAGUUAUCCAGGAGUCUGUACAUCAUGUGUCACAUACCAGUCUUCUGUUGGAUUUCUGCAACUGUUCUGGAGCGACUGUUGGGUGAAACUGACUGUGGAGAAAUCCCUAAAACUCUGACGGGAAUGUACACCCGCUUCCUGCUCAUUCAGUCCGACAUCAAGAAUCAGAAGUAUCAUCGAGGAAAUGAGACAGAUCCACAAAAGCUUCUGGGGCUGGAUAAAGACAUGAUUCUGAAAUUGGGACAGCUGGCUUUCCAACACCUGGAAAAUGACACUCUCAUGUUCUAUGAAGAGGACCUGAGAAAGUGUGGCAUUGAUGUUGCUGAAGUGUCAGUGUAUUCUGGGGUGUGCACAGAAAUCUUUAAAGAGGAGUCUGUGCUGUAUCAGAAGAAAGUGUACUGCUUUGUGCAUCUGAGCAUCCAGGAGUAUCUGGCUGCUUUGUAUGUGUUUCACUCAUAUGAAAGCAACAUGAUAACGACAUUGAGAAGAUUUUUAAGUCGAAUUUUUUUAUUCACCGACAAUUCACUGUAUUACUUACACAAGGGAGCUGUUGACAAGGCCUUGGAGAGUAAGAAUGGACACCUGGACCUUUUCCUGCGAUUCCUUCUCGGCCUCUCACUGGAUUCCAAUCAGAACAUUCUCAAAGGCCUUCUGGAAAAGACAAGAAGUAACUCAGAGUGUAUCAAGAAAACAGUCACGUACAUAAAGAGUUUGGAGAAGAAGGAUUCAUCCCCAGAGAGGUGCAUCAAUCUCCUCCACUGUCUGGCUGAACUGAACGAUGAUUCACUUAUGAAGGAGGUCCAAAAGUACCUGAGCUCAGGAAGUUGUUCUGGUAAAUGGAUCUCACCUGUGAACUGCUCUGCCCUAGCCUAUAUGCUCCUGAUGUCAGAGGAGGUGCUGGAUGAGUUUGACCUGAGGAAAUACAACACCUCAGACGAGGGGCGCAGGAGACUGGUUCCAGCUGUGAGGUGCUGCAGAAAGGCUCUGCUAGGUAACUGUAGACUUACGGAGAAGUCCUUUGAAAUUGUGGCCUCAGCUCUCCAGUCAGCCACCUCACCCCUGAGAGAGCUGGACCUCAGCGAGAAUAACCUAGGAGAAUCAGGAGGGAAGCUGCUGAGUGCUGCACUGAUGAGUCCAAACUGUAAACUACAGACUCUGAGACUAUCUUGCUGUAAUCUCACAGAGAGCUGCUGUGAUAAUCUGGCCUCAGUCCUGCGCUCACACCACUCAGAGCUGAGAGAGCUGGAGUUGAGAAACAAUGACCUGCAGGAUUCAGGAGUGAGAGUGCUCUCUGCUGGACUGGAGGAUCGUAACUGUAAACUACAGAGACUGGGGCUGUCAGGCUGUCUAGUCACAGAGAGAGGCUGUGCUUCUCUGGCUUCAGCUCUGCACUCAAACCCCUCACACCUGAAAGAGCUGGAUCUGAGCUACAACCACCCAGGAGACUCAGGAGUGAGAGCGCUCUCUACUUCAGUGGAGGACCCCAGCUUUAAACUGGAGACACUGCUUGUGGACCAUGGAGGAGAGAUUAGGCUCAGACCAGGACUGAGGAAAUAUGCCUGCCAGCUCAAACUGGAUCCCAACACAGCACACAGAGAGCUGUCUCUAUCUGAGGGGGACAGGAAGGUGACACACACACGGGGGAGAGAAGAGCCAUAUCGUAAUCAUCCAGAGAGAUUUAACUACGUGGAGCAGGUACUGUGCAGAGAGGGUCUAUCUGGGACUCGCUGUUACUGGGAGGCUGAGUGGAGUGGAAAGGGGGCUGUGAUUGCAGUGGUGUGUAAAGGAAUCAGCAGGAAAGGACGGGGUAUUGGCAGUAUGUUUGGAUACAAUGACCAGUCCUGGAGUCUGUACUGCAGAGGUGACAAGUUUUUUGCUCUGCACAAUAAUAACAGCACUUCCAUACACACCCCCUCCUCCCGCUCCCACAGAGUAGGAGUGUAUCUGGAUUGGCCGGCCGGCACUCUGUCCUUCUACAGCGUCUCCUCUGACACUCUGACCCACCUGCACAAAUUCUACACCACAUUCACUCAACCCCUCUAUCCUGGGUUUGCAGUUUGGAAUGGCACAGUGUCCCUGUGCAUGCUGGAAUAG